CCGCCCCCACCCCCGGGGGGCGGGACGUCACAAAGGCCCGCGGUCCCCAUGGCAACCCGCGGAACGCCGCGGCGCAAGGCUGGGCACGCCGGCUCAGCGCACAGUCGGCAGCACUGCUCCGCCCGCUGCACGACGAAAGACAGUGAACUUGCAGGUGACAGGCUGGACCCGGACAGAAUGAAGCUGGACAGCCCUCAGUGCCUCCUGGACCAGGAGGAGGCGGGGGAGGCCGGGGAUCGGCAGCUGCUAGAGCCCGAGACGUGGCGGACGUACGCGGAGCGCCGCAUCGCUCUGCGCAAGUUCCUGACCGCGGACCUGAGCCCCCAGCUGCUCAAGCGCCACCACGCCCACGUGGAGCUCCUCAGGAAGUGCUCCUACUACAUCGAGAUCCUCCCCAAGCACCUGGCGCUGGGCGACCAGAACCCGCGGGUGCUGCCCACCACGUUCCAGUUCAUCGAGCCCCAGAAGUUCCAGCGCAUGAAGAAGGUGGGCGCGACCCAGGCCAAGAUCCAGCUCCUGCUGCUAGGGGAGCUGCUGGAGCAGCUGGGCCACGGCCACUCUGAGCUGGACGCCCUGCUCGAGUCACCGGACCCUCAGCCCUUCCUGGCAGGCUGGGGGCUCGUGGAGCAGCGGCUGGCAGACCUGUCGGCCGUCAUGGAGAGUUUCCUGGCCACGAUGGUGCCAGGGCGUCUGCACAUCAAACACCGCCUGGUGUCUGACAUCAACGCCACCAAGAUUCCCAACCUCCAGGUCACGCUGAGCGCCAAGACGCCCGUCACGUUCGACCGCAAGGAGUCGGUGGCCCACGAGGACUGGGCCAGCCUGCGCUGGUCUGUCACGCUCCAGCCGGCCGCGCCAGAGCAGUUUGAGCUGCGCUACAAGCUGCUGGACCCGCAGACACAGCAGGAGCGCGUGCAGUAUAGCAUCAUCCCCGUGGCCGCCUACGCCUUCGACGUCCCCAACCUGCUGCCCAACCGCUCCUACGAGUUCACCAUCAAGAGGGUGGAGGGCUACACGCUGGUGUACGAGCCCUGGCUGGACAGCCUCACCCUGCAGACCGGGCCGAGGGCCGUUGAAGGGCCCGCCCCCCGGCGGCUGGGCAAGCUAGGCCCGGCCCUGACCACACCUUCCUAGAAAUGGCUUUUUAAUACUUACACGCUAAUAAAGAGGAGUAUAAACACGCAUCGGCAA